AUGAUGAUCAGUCAAUCAUGCACUGCUGCGGUGAAAGGCGACUCCUUUUGCGGCAGCUCAUCGGAUCAGCAGAGGAACAAGUCGAGGCGGGUGGUGACGACCAAGGCAGAUAGGACGGUGGGCGUGGAGGUGGUGCGCCUGGCGCUGCACCCCAAGUACAAGCGACGGGAGCGCAUCAAGAAGAAGUACCAGGCGCACAACCCGGAGAACCAGUUCAAGGUCAGCGACGUCGUGGAGCUCCGCAGCUCCCGCCCCAUCUCCAAGACCAAGCACUUCAUCGUCGUCCCGCUCCCGCCCCGCGACACCCACCGCAAGUCGCAGCUCCUCCCGCUGCUCCAGUCGCAGCAGGCCGACGGCGACCAGCCACCGCCGUCUCUGGCAUCAGCAGCAAUGCCUGCGGAAUGA